AUGCUAGUAAACAGACACUGGUGUAGGAAUGUUGUCUCAUUUUAUUGGUGUGAAGUUAUCUCCAAUCCAACCCAAGUGGAAACCAUCAUAUCACUAUUAACACCCGAAGAUAGGAAAUUAAUAGACAUUGACUUACCGGAAGCAAAAAUACCACCUGCAUUUCCAUAUCCUGCUUUCUUGAAGACUCUUGAUAUAGGAGAUCUUUACCAAACAAUUGGGACAUGGCUAGUACAGCAUUAUCAAACGGACUAUUACCAUGAAAUGGACAUUUACAACUAUAGGAGGCAGAUUGCAUUUGCAAUAUUACUUGUAUACCAAAGAUAUUCACCAAACAUUCAGAAGUUGGUUAUUGAGGAAGAUGAUUAUGAGGAAAUUCUACUUGAGGAUAUGAGAAUACAAUCAGGGGCUGAUGUGUUACUAUUAUGUCAACAUCCUAUACGUCCAUUGUUUAAGAAUGUAGAGAUAUUGAAGAUUUCUUCCCAGUCUUAUACAUUUGAUUUAUUGAAUAGCUUAGCUGAUACAUGUCAUAAUGUGGUUAAUUUACAUCUGUCGUUUACAUCUACUGACUUUAUUCCUCAAAGUGACAUACUUGCACUUAGACGAUUGAUUGCUUCACAGAAGAAACUACAAAAAUUCUCAUUUCAACCACCUUUUCAUAUGGAACCCCACUAUUUUAAAAUCGUUUAUAAAGCAUUGUAUAACCAUAUUAAUUCUCUUAAUCACCUUACGUUUAUAUUUAUUGAUGCUGAUCAUGAUGAUGCAUUUGAGGGCAUCUCAAAACUUGUUAAUCUGGAAACAAUAGAAUUAGUCAUGUGUCAUCUUCUUCAAAAUGUUGUGGAGCCUCUGAUAUCUGUCAACUUGCCAAAGCUUACAACAGUGAACUUAAUAGACUGUAUGUCUUGUUUUGAAUUGGAGAAUUGGAGAAAGAAAUUUGUAGGGAAAAAAUGUGUUUAG